AUGUGCGCGUGCGCGUGGCGGCUGCACGUGUUCACCGCCGCGCUCGUGCUCGCCGCGCACCUCAUCAAAGACAUACUUUUCUUUGAUUUUAACAUUAUUGUAAUGUGGCUUGUGUGUGCAGUGCUGUCGUGUGGCGAGGCGGGCGCGGGCCCGCGGCUCACCAAGCGCUACGUGGGGCUGUACACGGGGCCCUACUUCGACCCCUCCGCACCCAACAACAUCACCACGCAGCUCGGGACACACGCUUACUUGCCCUGCAAGGUGCGACAGCUGAGCAACAAGUCGGUGUCGUGGAUCAGACGGCGCGACGCGCACAUCCUCACUGUGGACCGGUUCACGUUCAUCGCCGACGAGCGCUUCCAGGCCUUCCUCGUGGAGGCCACCGACACUUGGACACUCCAGGUGAAGUACGUACAGGCGCGGGACGCCGGGGUGUACGAGUGCCAGGUCGGCACCGAGCCCAAGAUGAGCCACUUCGUGCAGCUCAACGUUGUAGUGCCAAAGAUCGAGAUUGUGGGCGAGUCGGAGCUGUACGUGAAGGCGGGCACGACGGUGAGCCUGAAGUGCGUGAUCACGCAGGCGCUGGAGGAGCCCGCCUACAUCUUCUGGUACCACAACGACGAGCGCGUGCUCAACUACGACAAGAGCCUCGUCGAGAUCCGCAUGGAGCGCGUCGCGCCCGACACCACGGUGGGCAACCUCAUCAUCUACAGUCCGCGGCGCGAGGACUCCGGGAACUACUCGUGUUCGCCCUCCAACCUCGACUCCGCCUCCGUCAUGCUGCACGUGCUAAGCGGCGAGCAGCCGGCGGCCAUGCAGCACGGGAACAGCGCGCGCCGCGCCGGGCCGCGCCCCGCGCUGCUGGCGCCCGCCGCGCUGGCCGCGCUCGGCGCCGCCUGCUGGCCAGCGCUGCACCGACUGCUGUUGCUGCUGGCGCUGGCCCUGCUCUGCCCCUUCCCCCACAAGGGGCCCACCUGCUGGUACGAGGGCGCCGGCGCCUGCAGCCACUGCAGCUCCUCGCGCAUGCGCACCAGCUCCGCGGCCUCGCUGCUCUCUUCUGCGUUGUUCACGUCUACACGCAACAUAUAA